CUCUUUGGUCCAUCAUUCACUACCGAAACCGGCAAGAGUUGUCCGAAGAAAAACCAUGAAACAAUUUACCGUUCUGAUCGCCAUCGUUGCCACCUUGGCAGUGUUCCAGGGAACCCAAGCCAAGACCUUCAGCGAGUGUGAAUUGGCCCGGUUGCUUCGUACAAAAUAUGGUUUCGACAAGACUAAAGUAAACAACUUUGUCUGUCUGGCGAAAGCCGAGAGUACCCUGAGCACGACUGCUACCCACAAGAACUCCAACGGAUCUACCGAUUACGGACUUUUCCAGAUCAACAACAAGUACUGGUGCAGCACACCCGGGUACAAGUCGGCCGGAAAUGAUUGCAAAAUUGCUUGCUCUGCUUUGUUGACCGACGACAUUAGCCAGGCAGUGAGCUGCGCCAACAAAGUCUAUGCCCGCCACGGAUACUCUGCCUGGAAUGGAUGGAAGGCAAAAUGCCAGAGUGGGCUCAAGGAUCUCUCCUCGUGUUAAGUACGUAGGGAGUAUAUUUCGAGAUGGUAUUUGAUGCGGCAUCACGAAUCAAGGUCCGAAUACAAAGCAGAAGAUUCAGUUUAGGAUACGGUUGAUUAAGUGACCGUUGAUCAAAUAAAUAUCUAGUACAUUGAGUCUAUAGCACACAGGUUUUGGUUUCUGUAUAACUUCACAAUAUUCCAUAACUGAUGGACGCACAGUG